GUGUGUGUGAGAGAGAGAGAGAGAGAGUGAGUGUGUGUGUGUGUGUGUGAGAGAGAGAGAGAGUGUGUGUGUGUGUGAGAGAGAGAGAGAGAGAGAGAGAAAUACAGGAGAGGGUUCAGUGUUCUCCUGAAGAGCCCUGCUGUGUUUCUCAGGACUGGGAAUCUACUUCCUUCUUUUCUUCUGCAGACUGUAGGAAGCUCUUUGUUCCAAUCCGCCGGUGAAUCUCUGCAGCUGGAGAACAUGGAGCUGCUCCUGGGGAGAAGGUCUCUGUGUGCUCUCCUGGGUGUGUGCGCGCUGUGGAGGAUCUGCUGUGCGUCUCAAACUCAUCAUCACAACCAGCUGAAAGUGCAGCAAGACACAAGCGUCAUCGACAUUCUGGAACUUCUGAGCACACACCCAUCUCAAGGAAUCACCAAGGUCAAAGGUCACUACCCCGGCAUGACCACCUGGCGUUUUCGCUGCCACACACCUCACCUGACCCUCCCCCUGGAUGUGUAUCAGCGCUUUGUGAGGGCGUGGCAUGGCUCGCUGAGCUUGCACCUGGUUGGUCAGCAUGUGGGAGGUUCGGCGGUGACGGUGCUAUCUCUGAGCGCUCCGGGGAACACACCGCUCUUGCGCAUCAUCUCCAACACGCAGGAGGAUUUUCUCCAGCUGGAGAUCCGUACACAACCCAACACAAAACCCGAGGUGCUCAGAAUCCCUGGGGGAAACCCCUUCUCAGGAGGGAGGUGGGCGAGGGUGGUGCUGAGCAUGGCUCCUGGGUGGGUGUGGCUGUUCCAGGAGUGUAAAGAGGUCACAGUAAUGAAGCUUACACACCAGGGACAACCUUUGACCCUCAAUCUCCCUCCUCAUGACCUCCAGGUGACCUUAGCAAGCAGCAGGGCAGAUGACAAAGCCAGCAAAUUUAGCGGUUACCUGCAGACUGCACAGAUCUCGACUGAACCCUAUGCGAGACGCCCGUGGCACUGCAACAGCAUUAACGACUCCACCCCUCUUCCCCGCACCCCCAACAACACUGUGGAAUUGGUGCAGGAGGUACAGGACCUGCCGGAGCACAUGGUCGUCUCAGUGCUCGGGCCCCCGGCGACUCCACGCGGCAGGAGAGCUCGCAGCGAACAGAAACUGCGAGUCAAGGACGAGGAGACGCUGCACAAUAUCACCGUCAUGCUGGUCAUGCUGAAACAACAGAAUGAGGACCUGCAGGCUCGUGUACAGUAUUUGGAGUCCUGUGAAUGUGUGAGGAAAACCUGUACCUGGCAGAACCAUAAGAUGGAGGCGGGAUCUCACUGGAAGGUUGACAGCCGCACCAAGUGUUCCUGCACCUCCGGGGAAGUCCGGUGUGAAACUUCAAACAGUGAGAAACCGCCUGGAGAGCUCUCUAAGAUGUGGGUGGAGCACAGAGGACGGCAGGACAAAGCUUCAGGAUGUGUGUAUGACAGAGAGGUGUAUGAAGAUAAAGAAGUGUUUGUACCCAGAAGUAAUCAGUGUCUCAACUGCGCCUGCUCUGAUAGUGUGGUGAGAUGUCGCCCAAAACGCUGCCCCCCACCACCAUGUGCUAAUCCUUAUGUAAGACCUGGACAGUGCUGUCCAAGCUGCUCAGUGUGUGGUGAAGACAACCGAAUCCACAACGUCUCGUACAGCACCGUUGAUGGCUGUCAGACCUGCACCUGUAGGAAUGGUGGUAUGUCGUGUACUGAUGUACAGAAAUGUCCUCAGUCGUGUCCGAAUGGAGUGAAGCCUCCGUUUGGUUCGUGCUGUCGCGACUGUUCUCGCUGUGAAUAUCGGGACAAGGUCAUUCUCAACGGAGUCUCUUUUCAAGAUCCUGACGAUCCCUGUAAACGCUGCGUGUGCUCCGAUGGAUGUGUUGAAUGUUCCAGAGAGAACUGUAACACCCCGUGUAGGAACCCGACACGCACUCCAGGAACCUGCUGUCCUUCCUGUAACCGUUGUGCCCAGAACGGACAGAAUUUCCUAAACGGUGACCCGGUUCCAAGUAGAAAUAGAUGUGAGCAGUGUGUGUGUGAGAAUGGAAAUAUUAAUUGUGAGCCCCUCCCCUGCCCCGCCCAACAAUGCCGUCAUCCAAUCAAGAGAGACGGAGAAUGUUGUCCAAGGUGUGCACAGUGUAAUUAUGAGUCGGAGGUGUAUUCAGAUGGACAGCGGUUUACCUCCAGAGAGAAUCCCUGCAUGGACUGUCAGUGUUUAGCUGGAAAGGUUGUGUGUGAAAGUAAAGAAUCGAUGUGUCCCCCUCCACCCUGUUCACACCCCACUAGACAGCCUGACACCUGCUGCCCUACAUGCAACAACUGUGUUGUUCAGAACCAUGUGUAUGUCAAUGGCGAGACGUUUAUGAACCCUGAGAACCGGUGUGAGGAGUGUGUGUGUCAGGGGGGACAAGUGAAUUGUCGUCAGGAGUGCCCCAGAGCCAAAUGUCAUUAUCCCGUCACUGGGACCUGCUGCCAGAACAACUGCAACGGGUGCAGCUACGCAGGUAAAGAUUACCCCAACGGGGUGGAGUUUCCUCAUCCGACCGACUCGUGCAGGGGAUGUCACUGCCUCAAUGGUAAUGUGCAGUGUAGGAGGAGUCGAUGUCCUGUACAGUGCAGUAAACCCAUAAUAACCCAAGGACAGUGCUGUCCUCAAUGUCCAGUGCCCCCUGCUGACUGCGUUUAUGAACAACAAUCAUACAAACACAUGCAGCGCUUUUAUCAUCCCAAAACUAACUGCCAGCUCUGCUUGUGCACCAACGGGACGGUGAGCUGUCACCAUAAGCCCUGCCCCUCCGCCCCCUGCGCCCACCCUGUUCAGCAGGAGUGCUGUCCCAUGUGUGAUGGAUGUUUGUAUAACAGUGUGAAAUAUGCUAACGGAGAGAGGUUCCCGAACGUGUUGAACCGCUGUGGGGAGUGUGUGUGUCGUGAAGGCAUGGUGACCUGCAAGAGAAAACAAUGUCCCCCGACCACAUGUCCAUUCCCCAUACAGAGAGAGUGCUGUCAGAGCUGCAACGGUUGUUCUUACCAAGGAAAAGUUUAUAAUGAUGGUGAAGAAUUUGUGCCAUCUAAUGCAGAGUGUGAGGCGUGUACAUGUUCUAAAGGUGAAGUGAGAUGUUCUCUUAAGUCUUGCCCCAAGGUCUCAUGUCCUCACCCCGCCACAAACGGUUGUGGAUGUACUGAUUGUAACCACUGCAGGUUUCACGGGCAUGAGUAUGUGAACGGAGAACGUUUUACUGAUCCUGAAGACAGCUGCAAGAGCUGCACCUGCCUGAAUGGUGAAGUGUCGUGUUCAUCUGCGUUGUGUGAGAAGGUGUCGUGCAGGAGGCCAGUGACACCCCCGGGGUCGUGUUGUCCUGUGUGUACAGGUGUGUGUGAAUACAUGGGGCAGAAGUAUGAUAACGGCGCCACCUUCACCCCCCUGAAUGACCGCUGUUUAAUCUGCACCUGUCUGAAUGGUGAAGUGUCGUGUACAUCUGCGUUGUGUGAGAAGGUGUCGUGCAGGAGGCCAGUGACACCCCCGGGGUCGUGUUGUCCUGUGUGUACAGGUGUGUGUGAAUACAUGGGGCAGAAGUAUGACAAUGGCACCACCUUCACCCCCCCGAAUGACCGCUGUUUAAUCUGCACCUGUCUGAAUGAACAUGUGUCAUGUCAGAGGAAGCCGUGUCUUCAGCAGUGCACACACCCUGCACUCUCCUCAGAAUGCUGCUCCGUGUGUGACACGUGUUUGUAUGAAGACGUGCAGUACGCACACGCGCAGACGUUCACGCCGCUCUCUAAUCCGUGUCUGCGCUGCGUGUGUGAGAGCGGGAGCGUCAGCUGUACGCAAGUCACCUGUCCUGUGAACACGUGUCAUAAUCCAGUCACUCCUCAAGGACAGUGCUGCCCCCAGUGCAGAGGGUGUGUGCAUAACGGGGUUAAGUACAGCGAGGGACAGAUAUUUCGUCCUCAGAGUAACCACUGUUCUCAGUGUGUCUGCCAGGAUGGUGAGGUGAUAUGUGCAGCAUCUCAGUGUACGCUGUUAAAAUGCACACACCAGGUUACUGAUCCAGGUUCCUGCUGCCCAAGAUGCCGAGGGUGUGUGUAUGAUGGAGUCGAACACUCUGAGAGCAGUACCUGGUUCGCCUCCUCUGCUCCCUGUAUGUCCUGCAUGUGUGUGGACGGAGUCACCACUUGCUCAGAGAUCCAGUGUCUCUCUCCCUGCAACAACCAGAUAAGUGUUCCUGGGGAGUGUUGUCCUCUGUGUGCAGACUGCAUUUAUGAAGGUCGUGUGUAUGGACCAGGGGAGAACUUCCAUCCAUCAGAUGAUCCCUGUAAGAUCUGCACAUGUGAGGUGAUGCCAGACGGACAGCAGCACCUGCGCUGUUACAGGAAGCAGUGUCCCAGUCUGGUGGACUGUCCCAAAAACAUCAUCACGUUCAACGGUUCUGACUCCUGCUGUCCAGUGUGUGCACAGCCUCUCAGCAUCUGCACAGAAGCACUGAUGGGAAAUGAAGUUCUCGCUACAGACGACCCCUGUUUCACCUGCCAGUGCAAGGAUCUAACAUGGACGUGCGUCCAUAAAUCCUGUCCCUCACUCAGCUGUCCUCCAACUGAACAGUCCACACCACCCGACUCCUGCUGUCCUGUUUGUGAUGUGUGCGUGGUGGAGGGAGGGAGACGGCGUGUGAACAAUGGGGAGAGCUGGACUGAUAGUGAAGACGAGUGUGUCACCUGUUCAUGCAAGUUGGGACAUGUAGAGUGUAAUAUAGAGGAAUGUGCUCCACUUGUGUGUGAGGUCGGACUCGUGAAGGUCAAAAGCCCUGGAAAGUGCUGUUAUGAAUGUCAAGAUACCAGGGCUCAGUGUGUGUAUGAGGGUCAGGUUUAUGAUUCUAAUGAACACUGGGAGGUGGAUGAAUGCACUUCCUGCAUGUGUGUGUCUGGAGACGUGCACUGCCAAACCAAGAGAUGUCCAGCAGUGUCCUGUGCUUCUGAUGAAACUCCGUUUGUGAUUCCCGGGAUGUGUUGUCCACGCUGUAUCCCGCGCCCUGCUACCUGCAUCGUGUUCGGAGAUCCUCACUAUCGCACGUUUGAUGGAAAGAUGGUGAACUUUCAGGGGACGUGUACCUACGUUUUGGCGCAGGAUUGUGAGGGCGGAGACUUCAGUGUUUAUGUGACGAAUGAUGAUCGUGGCCGUACGGGCGUGUCCUGGACUAAAGAGGUGACGGUGUACAUCAGGGACAUUGUGAUCCAGCUGCUGCAGGACUGGGUGGUGAAGGUUGAUCAUCAGACCAUCACGCUGCCGUUUCUCAAAGAGCCGUAUGUUUAUCUGGAGCGCAAAUCCAACACCAUCCUCCUCAACACCAACACUGGCGUGAAGGUACUGUGGAACGGACGUUCUCACCUGGAGGUCAGUGUUCCAGGCACGUAUAAGAAGCACAUGUGUGGUCUGUGUGGAAACUUCAACAACCAUCCUCAGGAUGACAUGCAGCUGCGUAACGGACAGACCACCAUGUCAGAGGCAGCGUUCGGAAACAGCUGGAAGGUGGUCAGCGGGAGGAACACGAGCGCUCACUGCUCGGACGCGAGGAACAUCGACCCGUGUAAAAAGGCUGGAUAUUCCUUCCAUAAGACGGCGAACAGUCGCUGUGCGGUCCUAAAGUCCGCCGUGUUUGAGCGCUGUCACAGAGUGGUUCCUCCAGAGAUGUUCUUCGCUUCAUGUGUGUAUGAUCUGUGCGCCUGCGCAGCCAAAGCAGACGAGUGUUUGUGUGACGUUCUGGAGGCGUACGCUUCUGAGUGCCGCGAGGCCGGAGUCGUCUUACAGUGGAGAUCAGCUUCCCUCUGUGCUGUGGGCUGUCCUGUGGAUCGUGGUUAUGUUUUUGAUGAAUGCGGUCCUCCGUGUCCAAAAACCUGCUUCAACAAGGACGUGCCGCUGGGCGUGAUCGAGGCCCACUGCUUUAAACCCUGUGUUCCAGGCUGCCAGUGUCCCGCCGGACUGGUGGAACACGAAUCCCACUGCAUUUCCCCAGACAAAUGUCCCAAAAUCAUCCACGGAAACCCCUGAGUUCCUCAGAUCUCCUGUAAAUCCACCAGAACUAAAUCUGCACUCAGGCCACCAUUAUUACUCUAAAACUCAAGGUUUAUCUUUACACUGUGUAUUUGUUGCAUUAUGGGAAUUCUGUAUCUGCUGUGGUUUAUGGUUCAGACAUUGCUGCUGGAUGUGGACAUUUUCUUCAACCUGGUGUUCACCAUAUGAAUUAAAGCGGCAGUGUGUAGUCUUUAGCACCAUCCCCUUCCCCCAGGCUGACUCCACCCAUACUGUCUAAACUACCAACAUGUUGUAAGUUGAAAAUUUUCAGAAAACGUGUGCUGUAGGUUUGUUAUUAUUGUGGGUGGGGCUAAUUUCAGGGCUAGAAAUUGGAAUUUCAAGAUUAGUAACCAAAGUAUCAUUAGAAUUGAUUAGUUAUUGCAGAUGUAGGAACACUUCAGUGUUACACACUGCACCUUUAAAGCCACGUUUUAAGUCAGUCCAACAUAAUAUGUUACGAUUAGUUUAAAGUUAAAGCGGUGUGUAAUUUGAGAGUUUAAUGGAUAGUCUGAAAAUCUACAUGUAGCUAGUAUAAAUAACGACAGACAGACACAGACAGACAAACAAACAACUAACCAGCCAAACGAGCUACAUCUUACAUUUCAGAGUCACACAGAUUUUGCAGCUCGGCUUUAUCUUUCAUUUUAGCGUUACAGAUUUGUGUCCGGUCACAAAAAACAAAUCCGAAUGGACGUCUCUCUUUCUUCUGGGGUUUAAACUGUAAAAUUAUCAAUCAAUCAUAGCAACACACUCAUUAGCUGCUAAUGUAACGAGCAUUUAAAAAACACAGCAACAUGAAUUAAUGUGUUUUUACAGUCAGAGCACAUAUUAAUGAACAGGUGGAAGUUUUGAGGUGUGACGUAAAGCUGUCGAGAAUCUUUCACUGUGUUCCUCAGUGACCAUUUACACUCAGGCUACGAUCAGAGGCAGAAAACACUUUACUUAUCAUUUCAGUGAGUUUGUAUUAAAAACUGAUUAAAAUUUUACUUUUUUUCUUAUUUACAUUUUUUAUAAAAGGAAAAUCAUGUUUUAUUUCUUACAUUUUAUUUAGACUUUUCAUGUUGUGGUUACAAACCUUAAAGAUCUUAGUUUAUAUAAAUAUAUUCCUUUUGUGUAGCUAGCAGUAUAGUUCACAUUUCUGUGCAUUUUAACUUUUUGUUAUUAAUUAUUAUAUAUAAAAUAUCCAACCAACAUCACACUGUGAAAGUUAUAUCAGUUUAAUUCACUUUUCAUACAUUAAAGUUACUGAAAAAUAAAUUAGAUUUAAUUAGAAAACAAGAACGAAUUCAAACUUCAGAUAAUAAAGAACGUCGCACCAAAAGGAAUGUAGCUCCACCCUUAACUCCGCCCCAAUCCUAUCCUUAAAGUGCAUAUCCUGGACCAAUUUCGUGGGUUUUUUUUUUAUAUGAAAGUCUGUCCCUUUACACACUCAUCCAGAAGGGUAAUUUUGCACAAGGCCAUCUGUCUACAGCAGAAAAAAAUUAAAUAACAAAACACGUCUGGAAAAAUCCCAAGGGAGUCUGGAGCCGGAUUCGUGACGUCACCUGCGGAAGCGCCAGCAGGCUGUGCGAGCUUGCACGGUUUCAGUGCACAGCCUGUGUAGACCAAGUUUAGCAGCGAGCGAUUUUGCAUUGAAAUAUGGAAUUGCCACCUGAGCGCAAUGUUACUUCACCUUUGGAUGAAGAAUGUAAUGUUGCUACACCCUCCUACAAUACAUCUGUUAACCAUUUUAAUAAUUACGCGAUAAUGUUGAAGAAAUUUGCAGAAAACCACCAGGUCAUUUUCUCAUAAACAAACCAGCGCUGACGUAGGAUUCAGAGGGAGGCGUCCCGCACACAACGUCACGAAAAUCAAUGUUUCCCGGGAAAUCCAAACCCCAAGUUUUUUCAGAGGCGGACCAAUUCACCUCAAGUGGCUUGAUUGCAACUGAAUUUUUCUGGUAUUGUGCAAGGUAAAAAAAAAUUGCACAAAAUGCAAAAUGUGACAGAUAUUUGACCAAAGUUUAAUAUAAAAUAGGCGAAUUACUGUACAUUGAUCUUGCUCCUGAAUUUACCCAUGAUAUGCACUUUAACCUCAACCUUUAUAACCGAUCACGUAGUGUGAAAAUGUUAAAUACAGAGAGUUGAACUAUUAAAGAAACUACUUUUUUUUUACUUUUAUGUACUUUUUUUAUAUAAAUGUUUUGACAGUUUUAUUUUAUAAAAUAUUUACAACCUACUGUUACUUUUAGUUGUUUUUUUUUUACACAAAAAAACUCAGUGAAUAUUUUCAUUUUGCUCUCAUUUUCCCACUGCUGUUUGUCUGUAAUCAAAACUUAAAAUGUUUUAAAGCUUUAAAGUUCAAAAACAUAAAAACAUCCAAAAGUGUUUCUGGUGCUAUUUCUGAUAAAGUCAGUUUAUAUUUACAGUGUUACAGGAUGGUUUUCUCUGAUAAAACACUUUUUUUUUAUUAAAAACUGUUAUAAAUAUCACAGUGUGAUUGCAGUAGAAACAGAGCACAAUAUAUUGUUCAUAACCACUAUUUUUGCUUAUUAUAAUCAUCUUUAUUUUAUUUUACUUUUAUUCAUGGACAUUUCCUUUUCUGAAAAUUUUACAGGGACUUUUACUGACUGCACAUUUUUACUACUGUACUGGUGAAUAUUGUGGUGAACGUGGGGGACGUCACGGCCUAAAGGUCAGAGAAGCAGCUUUGGGAACAAAAGGCCACAAAUAAAAACAUUUUAAAAAUAUAUUCUGAGUUUAUCACUGUUCUGUCUUUAAGUUCCAAUGUUUGUCACAUUAUUAAUCGCAUUUAAUCAACUUUUUUUAUGAUUUGUUAGAAGCUGAUUACAGUGUUACUGUAUAUCUGUGUGUGUAUCUGGUUAAAAUGUGCAGGUGUUGAGCCUGUCAGACAAAUAAUAAAAAAUAAACAUCACCUUUUUAAAUUCA